AUGAUUCUUCCUAUUCUGCUCUUCCUCUCUCUUAUCAGCGCUACCAUAGCAGAUGAGGACUAUUACGGUGGUGGGGGUCCUCCAGGGCGUCCACGUCCUCCUCCGCGACCAGCACGUGGCAGCCGGUGUCCCAAUGGUUGGAUGCUUUUUAAGAGGCCUCAGGGCAAUUGGUGUGUUGGGCUCUACAUCGGUCUAGUCACCCAACCUGUCGCAGAGACCAGGUGCCGAGGUGUUGGAGCAACGUUGACCGGAUUGCAGAAUGAUCAGGAAAGAAAAAGAUUAGCUUCUGCUGGCCAACAAAUGGCGCUGAAACACAACUUUGGGGACGCAGCGAUUUGGUUGGGUGCCAGAAGAAAGGGAUCGUGUCCACGUGCAGGAAUCUGUCAGCCAAGGGAGACAUUCUUCUGGACUGAUAACCAUACAACAGGCAAUGCUGGUUUCGGAUGGUCACCUGGACAACCGGAUGGGGUGUCGAGUUAUACUUUGGGAGUCCAAGCAUGCGCCCAUCAGUUUGUGUUCGCAAGUGGAACUACUCACCCAAGAUGGCCUGGAAUUCCACAUGGAGCUCUUGAUGAUCAGUACUGUCAGGAGGGAAGGAUUAACCCGAAUAGAAAAUUGUUUGCUUGUGGAAAGAAGGCCGUGUAA